GUUAUGUUCUCAAAUGACGGAGGAGCUGAUACGUGCUCAAUAGAAUUAAACGGGGUGGUGGUCGGAGAAUUUGAAUCUACGGCCGGAAGUGAUACCGGUCUUCUGUGGAACGAUUUCAAAUCAUCUGGAAAUGUUGGAUCGAGUAUGACACUUGAAUCUAGAUGGAAUACAAUCACUUUGUUAGUAAAAUCAGCUGAUGUCUAUGGUAUCGAGAUAGAUCAUAUUGAUGUUCAUGUUGAAGAUGAUGAAGUCAACGAAGAUAUAUUUACAUGUAUUCUACCAUGUUUAUCAGAUCUACCCGUUGUAACAGCAGCUACAUCAGGUCUGACUGAAGGAUGGGUCGAACAAAGAAGCUACAGUACUCAAUGUGCAGAAGAAGAUAACGUAGACGUCGCCGUCUUUAAUUCUGACGUCACUAAAUACGAGAUCACCGCUAGCCUUCCGCGUUAUCGAUCGUUUUUGAAUCUCCGAGACGAAGACACAAGUAACUGUCCUUUCUUAACUCCCCUGUACUGGUUGUACGAAAAUGUCAUGAUUUCUCCAACUACCAAAUCCUUGACAUCAAACACCGCAGAGUUAUUCUUCAGUGACAAGACAGCCCCUGUACCGUACACAAUAACUAAGAUGGCUGUAACGUUUACCCUACAGGGACGUAAUAAAGGUUACAUUGAUUCCGAGAUUGGAUCCACAUUGUACAUGACAAUGAAUUCACCAGAUGCCCCAUCAGAUGUCGUCGUAUCGUACAAACAUAGAAACGGUGCAAUCGUUGAAUUCUCCCCAGUGACCUUUUCAGACAGUAUGACCAGCAGUGUUUGGAAUAUUCCUGAUUUCACCUGGAAGGAGGAUUUAACUAAUAAUAUUUUUGUGACUGUACAAUCCACAGCCUUGGACCAACAGCUGGUGGAGCUAAGACUAGAGAGACGUUACAUGGGACCAGACGUGGUUAUACCGCUCUAUUCCAGUAGCCAGGUCGUCUUGGAGGGUGUACAAGUAGACUUCUGGUGGCAGGCACCGGAAAGCAUGGAGUUAGUUCGACCAUCAACUGCAGACACAUGGAACAACAUCGCUUAUUUUAGGAUAUACGUGAGUCUACCUUGGUCAGAUGGUUAUUCCCAAGUUUUUGUGCUGUACCAGGACGGUAACAUGCGUCUACUGAACCCCACGUCACAUGGCUUAGACUGGACUCCAUUCGGCACCUCUGUGAUACUUGGACAAACCAAUGUCGAUGAUUUUCGACCAGCUGUGUCCAUCACAAAGGUUGAGAUCGAACCCAAAGACCUAACAAUGAAAAUAAUAUAUUCCGAUGGCGGCAGUACGGAUGUGAAAUUGGUAACGUCCAUUGAGAAAACCAAGUUAUACGUGUCGAAUAUUGACUUUAAGAAGAGAACGACCACACAUCCAUUUGCAACAUUUCGGUCCAUGUACGUACAGGCUGGCAACACAGACCCCGACUCCAUUGUCAUAACUUGUAGAUGA